AUGAAUACUAUUCUUGAUUUUUUAAAAAGCAGAAACAUCCAUAAUGCUUAUCAAGUGGCCAGAGAAAUGGAUUCUAAUAAGGUUGAUAGAGCAGUUAUAUCAAUUUCAAAAGAAGAUGAUCCAAAAUUACGCUAUUGGUUACCCGGAUAUGGUGAUAGAAUGGCUUUAAUCAACUGGUCCCAACAAAAUCAUUAUAAAAAAAAUAAAAAUAAUUAUUUAUUAGAUAAGUUGAAAUACAAAGUAAAAAAUGAAGGUAGAAGAUCAUUCAGUGAAAUGUGUAGUUCUGAUGAGACUGUUCAACCACUUGUAAAAACCUUCAAGGGUAAUGCAUUCAAAUCAACCAGAACCAUACAGAUUGGUUGGCUCCAUUUUGAUCAAAAAAUUAAUGAAUAUAAACAGAUUAAAGAAUCAUCUGGUGGUGGUGUUAGAAGUAUUCAGUGUCCCAAAGAUUCAAAGCCUGAUGAUUUGCUUCAAAUAUCGAAAGAAUUA